AUGCAUACCCUAUCCAAGCCAGAGGAUUUCCACAAAGAAAUCAAGGGUAGAAAUCAAGAGAAGGCAACUAUAUGCAUGGCUAUGGUAACCUUUGGUGACAAAGACAUGUGUGCUGAUAUGACAGACUAUAAUCAGCCUUUGUUUAUCACUGGGCUUAUCUACGAUGUGAAAAUUUCUCAAAUUCUGGUUGAUGGAGGAUCUGCAGUAAACCUCCUGCCUCGAAGGGCCUUAAACUUAUUAGGGGUUCGAAUUUCACAACUUCGCCCAAGUCGUUUGGUCAUUCAAGGAUUUAAUCAGAAUAAACAACGCCUAAUGGGGAAGAUUGAAUUGCGAACCAAGUUUGGGGAUAUUGAAGAAAGCACUGAGUUCUUGGUCAUUGAUGUAGACACCUCUUACAAUGCUUUGCUUGGGAGACCAUGGAUACAUAAUCAUCAUGCAGUGCCGUCAACUUAUCACCAAUCUAUUAAGUACCCGUUGCCUUCACCCAAAAAAGAAGGGACAAUUGUAGCUGAUAAUGAUCCAUUUGGAGAAGUAGAGGCCUACUAUGCUGAUGCUCACUUCUAUACAAAGACUUCACAAAGAAAGGGAAAAGAUGUGAAGAAGUUUGAAGAUACUCCGAAUGACAAAGAUGCUUUAGAGUCCACUCCAGUUUCAACAAAAAGAACUUUUCGAUAUGUGCCAAAGUCCGAAAGAAAACUGGGGGCAAAGGCUCUAGCCCUAAUAAAUCCAAUUUUGGAUCUCAAGAGUGAGUUCACGUUGCCAUUAAGGAGGACAGAAUGCACCUAUGUGGAGAAAUAUAAUAAGAUUGUCGUCCCUCCUAAAGGAAAAGGGUUAAAACCCAUAAUAUUCCACUCACUUGGAGAUGUUGAACAGAAAGUGAAAAUUGAACAAGUGCCAGAAGAAAACAUCUCGAGCUUUGAGAAGCCUACCUUCAGUGUAGAAAUUACACAGAUGUUGGUAAAAGUUGGUUUAGAUCCUGAAAAAAUACCAGAAACAAUGACACCCUUUGACUUUGCAUUAACACCUUCGCAGAGGCAGGCUAUCCAGCAAGGCGGUAUUAUCACCGCUAAGACAGAAGGGUUAGGCUAUCGGGGUGAUGAGGAAAAAUUUCCAAUAAACAUGACUAUCACUCAAGAUGUGUUGGAAGAUGUUGACCAAGAUGCAGCUCAACUUGCACCAACAGAAUUUGAAGCAAGAGGCCAAGCCACUGUGGAUGACCUUCGGGAGGUAAAUUUGGGUGAUGAAGGAGAAAACAAACCAACCUUCGUUAGUGCAAAUUUAAAGGAAGAAGAAGCUCAACAAUAUAUUUCCUUCUUAAGGGAGUAUUGCGACAUAUUCGCAUGGAACUACAGUGAGAUGCCUGGUGUUAAUCCAGACAUUGCAGUCCAUAAGCUUGCAAUUCACCCUGAGAAAUGCCUAGUUAAAUAG